GGUAUAAAGGAUCUACCACUCAUUGCAAUAGCGUCGUCGAAUAGUCACACCACUUCUCCAAGAGAAAAACAUCAAAAUGGCAUCUCGUACAGUUCUGAUCACUGGUUGUUCAUCUGGAAUUGGUCUGGCGGCAGCCGUUGUGCUGGCAAAGCAGCCUGAUGCAAAAUUCAAGGUCUAUGCAACAAUGAGGAACACUGGCAAGAAAGAGGAACUGGAGAAGGCGGGCCGUGACUGUCUUGACAAAACGUUAUUUAUCCGCGCUUUGGAUGUCAAUGAUGCCAAGACAUUUAAACCAGUUCUGGAUGAGAUCAUCAACUCCGAUGGCAAAUUAGAUAUCUUAAUCAAUAACGCCGGACAGGGAAUGCUUGUAAUAUCAGAAACGGCGCCAGUUGAAGGUGUUCGACAGGUAUUCAACACCAACGUCAUUGGUCUGUUUCAAUUAACGCAAGCUGUUAUUCCAAUAAUGAAGAAACAGCAAUCGGGACACAUAAUUAACGUGACAAGUGUGGGCGGAUUUAUGGGUGUACCGUAUAAUGCCAUUUACUGUGCGUCAAAGUUUGCAGUGGAAGGUAUGACAGAAGGCUUGGCAUGUGAACUAAUGCCUGAUAACAUCAGAUUUAGUCUUAUCGAACCAGGGCCAGUUACCACAAAGUUUCGAGAGAACUUACAGUCAGCAAGCGGGACCGGACUGGACAGUCCGGAUGUUGAUGAAGAUACUAAAAAAAGAUUCUUAUCUAUGAUGACCAAAAUCCGAGAUUCAUAUGCACAUGCAACGCAAACGGCCGAUGAAAUUGGUUACGUCAUUCUGAAGGCAGCAACUGAUGAAAAUCCAUCCCUACGAUAUCAAACAAGCGCUGACGCAGAACGGAGAGCGAAAUCGAAGUUAGCGGACCCGACAGGAAAUAAUUAUUUGGAUAUUUAUCGUAAAGUGAUUGAAUAACGUACAAUUCAUGGUGGCUUCACGGUUCAAAUCUAUUGAAACACAAUCAUCUCUUUUAGGAACAAUUGGCUUGUGUAUGAAUUGGUAUAAUAUAAACCGUCGUAUAACAAUAGGCUGUGAAUUAUAGUUGUUUUUACAGUGAUGAAAACAAGAUAAUCUAAAAUUUAUUAAGCGGCUUGCGCUCACAAACAAAUAACUCAAAGUGAUAAUAUAAUAUUGAUUAAAUUUUUCUAGUCACAAAGCA